CGGAGUGUCGACCUUCUGAAGGCCUGGUUUCGUCAGGAUAUGGUGUCAGGGUCGGCCUUAUGCGAUAAGAUCGGUGAAUAUGCUAACCAUCACUAAGGGUGUGUGGAAACUUCAGCGGACUCUGAGCACUGCGCACGUCUGGUGUUCUAUGGUCUUGAAGUAAGCCGGUGGCGCUAUAGCUUGCUGCUACCAGUGGUUCAAGCCAAGUGAAAGAGCUUCCCAUCACUUGACGACUGUUAAAGCAUGACAGACAUCGGAUCUGGGGCUCUUCUUUAGACUGAAGAUCACUGGAUAUCCUGAGCACCUGUCAAAGAUAAGACACCCCCCUAUAGUGUCAUCGGGCGGCACCACGAACCCGCGCUCCUGAUUGGCUGGUGGUGUGUCCUCAUUUGCAUGGACUCGUCCUGGCGUGUUUAAACAAUCGAUAAACCUUGCUGAUCGCUGCCAAACGUACUCAGUGUGUUUACUGUAUGGCAGUGAGAGAGAGACUUGGCCGGGCACUCUACUAAGCUGUACACUAGGGUUCUAGUGUGUAAAGCAAGCGGUUGACUGGGCAUUGAAGGACUCCACGCCAACGGACGUACCACAGGAGUUCGGCGGCAUCACAUGUCACCUGAGCCGCCCUUAGGUGAGGCACCGAGACCGCCGGUUUCAUUCACCGUAUCGGCUACCAGAAUUCCACAGCGUUUUAUUUUUUUCUGGUCAGAAACCACUCAGGCCCGCGGGGCAUAGAUCAAGGGACAACUGUUGGAGCCUGUCACCCACCCACCUAAUAGUUGUUUAGCAGGGGACUGAUUUCAAAAGCACUCUCACGGACGAGCUGUGUGUGAGUGUGGGUAUGUGAACUGUUACAUCAGAAAACUGUGUCACUGACAUCAGUUGUCCUUGAUCCAACGGAGGGGAUUUGGCUCAAAUUUCCACCUUUCUUACUAAGGAAAGAAGACUACAUUUCAGUACAGAACAUCCUGGUAGGAAGGACGGAAGACUCCCCCAACCUCACCGCGUUCCUUUCCACACCUGGGCGGUUGAUUUAAUCUCCGAUACCGAGAUAACAACUGGCGCGGCCCGGUAAAAGACCGAGGGGCACAAGCGACUUGUUACACUAUAGUACGAGGAUGUAGACUCGUCUCAACGCAUUUCGACAACUACAACGCUGUAAGCAUACCGGGAUUUUUGAAGCGGUGUGUGAACGACAAGCUACCACCAUGGCUUCUACUGUAAACCGGUCUACGAUGUCGGCUACGCUUUUUGUGGGGCUUGUUCUUGCGACACUUGUGCCGGUGUAUGGGGGGAAGGACACUCCUGUCACUAAAGAAGAACAGAUGAAAGUUCUUUGGGAGGAGAGACAAAAAUGUAAGGCCGGGAUGGAAGGCAACCGACCAACCACAGGAGGACCUUACUGCAACCAAUCAUGGGACGCACUGAUUUGCUGGCCGUACAGCAAACCCAACAGGUCCGUACGAGUGCCGUGUCCGAAAUACGUGCACGACUUCAACCACAGAGGAUAUGCUUUCCGUGAGUGUGGUCCAGACGGAGAGUGGUUGGUCAGCCCUCACACCAACAAGACCUACGCCAACUACACGGAGUGCAGCAAGUAUCUACCUGAUCUACCGUCUCUCAUAAACCCUGAUUCGCUGUUUGAGAAGGUGACGAAGCUGUAUACUGUUGGGUAUUCCUUCUCUUUGGCGUCCCUGACUGUAGCGCUGGCCAUCCUUGUCUACUUCAAACGCCUCCACUGCACUCGUAACUACGUGCACAUGCACCUGUUCGUGUCCUUCAUCCUGCGCGCCAUCUUUGUUCUGGUGAAGGAUGCCGUGCUGUACUCGGACGACGCCAUUGACGUCAAUGACGUAGACUCAACCCUUCCGGAACAGCUGGGUGGACCCUUGAACAUAGAUCAUGGACAGAGAAAUACGACGGACAACGACCUUCACAGAAUAUUUAUGGAUGGUUCUAAGUAUGCGUGGACCUGUAAGCUGGCCAUGUCCCUAUUCAUGUACUUCAUGGCAACCAACUACUACUGGGUUCUGGUGGAGGGACUGUACCUCCACAACCUCAUCUUCAUCUCAGUCUUCUCAGAAAAGAAGUUCUUGCGGUGGUUCAUCGCAAUCGGAUGGGGGUUUCCACUCACCUUUGUGAUCCCGUGGGUACUGGUUCGAGCCUACCUGGACAAUAUUGGGUGUUGGGACUACAGCGAGCCUACAACGGGAUACUUAUGGAUAUACCGUGGACCAAUCGUGGCCGCCAUAUUGAUCAACUUCUUGUUGUUCGUCAACAUUCUGCGCAUCGUGGUACAGAAACUGCGCAUGACCGCUGCUGUCGGGGCGGACCAGAGAAAGCGUUUCUGCUGUUGUCGCUGGCCAAGAGGCGUGAACUGGAAACUGGCCAAGUCCACGCUUGUUCUGAUCCCGCUGUUCGGAGUCCACUACAUCGUGUUUGUGGGCAUGCCGGACAAUGUCGGAGGUGUGGCGUACGAAGCCAGACUUUACUUCGACCUUUUCUUCAACUCAUUUCAGGGUUUCUUCGUCGCCAUCUUGUACUGUUUCCUCAACGGAGAGGUGCGAGCGGAGUUCCAGAAGCGGUGGGAACGCUGGCAGCUGGGCAGGAACCUGAGCUAUCGCAGCACCACGUGCUCUCCCCUCACCUGCAGUACAGCCCAGAACUACAGCGUCAGCCAAUCGGGACAUUCCCAAAGCAACGGCGUUGCCAUGACGACCCACAGCGUCAGAACUGUCUGCACCACCAACACCAACUCCAAGCGGAGCAGUCAGGAUUACUUCAUGGAGAACGAUAUGAACCAUGGGAUCGAUAUCCAGCAGAGCCCACCGCAGAACAGCUCCCCCAAGCGGGCCGCUCUGAACUUCAUCAGCGAGAUCACCAAGAAGUGCCGAAAGCGGGAAAAGAGAGUGGCCUUCAACGUGAACGGAGUCGUCAUUCCGGAGGAGGGAGCUGAUGACGUUGUUGAGGAAGAGGAAGGGGAAGAUAUGGAGAGCCAAACAGAAAGAAGCGCUCUGCGAGGGCCGGAAGUCAUCGAAAUGGAGACCGUCUUGUGACAACCUCAGUGUCAUCUGUAAAUACGUGACGAAACUGGAAAUGUCUACCACAAAAAAGACUAUAAGGACGUCAACGGGAAUGUACAUAUUCAGCGCUGUUGUAAAGAAUGUUGUAGUUGUUAGGCUGUUACCGCAGAUGAGGGAGAGAUGUUGCCAAAAGGCGCGUGGUACUGCGAUAGCUCAGGACCUGACGAGACAUGGUACCCGUAUGUUUGCAGUGACGUCACAGCAAGACACGGAAGAACUCGGAUGUCCUAGUACCUGGAUGUCCAGAUACCCCGGAUGUCCAGAUACCCCGGAUGUCCAAUGGGCGCUUUCCAGUGCGAUAUAGAGUUAAAGAGGACUCGAAUAUUACAUUGGUCACAAAAUCAGCUAUAGAUGAAGCUUCAAGAGAACAACGAAUUGUGAAUAUAUAUUUGUAAAGACUUCAACAGACUUGUGUAAAAAGAGUUGUUAUGAUAAAGUCACUGGUACAAAAAUGUAUGAAAUGUUUAAAAAAAGAAAGAACAACAUUUGAUUAGCAUGUAAAUAUGGAAGUGCUCAGAAACGAAGUUUUAACAUAUCCACCAACACUUGCAUUAUGCACAAGGUAAUAACUACUUCCGGAAUAGUCACUUCCGGUUCACAGCUUGACCUCUUCCCAGGAUUCCAUGGAAGCUUGCCCAUCACCUGUCGACCUGUCACCUUCUCUACAAUGGUACUUAGUUUGCUUAACCAUCGCGUCUGCUUGUCAAUCAAAGUUAACUCACUCAAAUUUUUCACAAAUAGAGACCAAUCAGCUUCGGUGGGCGAAACCAUUUGUAAAUAACGAGGGGGUACAUUUUUACACAAGUGUUGAUUUGACGAUUGAGCUUGGACAAAAUGUUUUGAAUGCAUCGGCAAAUAUAUUUCGACCAUAGCUUCGUAAUAUAUAUGUAAAACACACAGAUACACAAUAAAAGCGUCACGAAAAUUAAAAAUCAGAUAUCAAUUCGUGACAAUGAAGCAAGUUCAAAUCGCCCGUCUCAAACACAAUGUAAAUACACCCGUUUGACUAAAUAUAUUGUGAUAUUUACUAGCAUGUUUCUAUCAAUAUCUCACAAUGUAAAAUAAAAGCAGAGCUAUUUUCUGUACUCGAAAAGACGACCAUCUAAGAUGCUGCAAAUUUUCUCCGGUCAAAAUGUUUCACUGUGGUUUCAAACUCAUAAGAAUGUAUUCUUUCAGUUGUAGAAUAUUUGAAAUCACUCAUACAUCAAUUAUUUUGAAACGCAUUGGCCUUUUGUAAAUGUAUAAAAGAGAACGCGUACCUUGUAUACUUCACAAAAAAAAGAAAUAUACAGAAGAUGAUAAAGAUUGUAUGUGUGUUAUUAAAGAUGUAAUACAUGUAAUUGUGUGGAUGAAGUAAAAGACAAUGUAGUAUCUUUGUGGUUGUAUAUCUAUCCGUUUCAUAGUUGUUGAUUUUUGUAGUUAGAUCUAAAUAUGUAAGUCGUGCGUAAAUAAUACGCACAGGAGUCAAAAUUGGAAUUUGUCACUGUUAAAGAAAUAUAUUUUCCCAUACCGAUGACUCAUGUCUAUAUAGUAACGUAAACUUGUCACAAAGUUUAAACUUGAUUUCGUUAGAAUCAUGCGUGCUGAUUGGUGGAGAAAAUAUGA